AUGGUGGCGCUGCUGCGCUACGCCGGCGCCAAGCGGAGGGCCUACCCGCAUCUACCUGAACAAGAGGGUGUCUCAUAUACAGGGUGUUACAAACAAGAGCACUACGACUUCGGGCUGCGCUCCAUGGUGGCGCUGCUGCGCUACGCCGGCGCCAAGCGGAGGGCCUACCCGCAUCUACCUGAACAAGAGGGUGACUCAUAUACAGGGUGUUACAAACAAGAGCACUACGACUUCGGGCUGCGCUCCAUGGUGGCGCUGCUGCGCUACGCCGGCGCCAAGCGGAGGGCCUACCCGCAUCUACCUGAACAAGAGGGUGUCUCAUAUACAGGGUGUUACAAACAAGAGCACUACGACUUCGGGCUGCGCUCCAUGGUGGCGCUGCUGCGCUACGCCGGCGCCAAGCGGAGGGCCUACCCGCAUCUACCUGAACAAGAGGGUGUCUCAUAUACAGGGUGUUACAAACAAGAGCACUACGACUUCGGGCUGCGCUCCAUGGUGGCGCUGCUGCGCUACGCCGGCGCCAAGCGGAGGGCCUACCCGCAUCUACCUGAACAAGAGAUGGUAAUCCUAGCCAUGCGAGACAUGAACGUGGCUCGCCUCACCGCUAAGGACGUGCCCCUAUUCGAGGGCAUCAUGCAAGACAUAUUCCCCGACGUGGUGAUCCCCACGCUGGACUACGAGGUUCUGGAGACGGCUAUAGCGGCUGAGAUGAAGAUGGCGGGGUUGCAGCCGGUUAAGGCGGCCUUGCAUAAAGUUGUGCAGCUUUAUGAGACUAAGAACUCCCGUCAUUCCAGUAUCAUCCUCGGAGACACUAACACUGCCAAGUCUACAUCGUGGAAGAUGCUAGCCAACACACUCACUCGACUGAAUAAAGAAAAGGUGGCCGGCUUCGAGGCGGUACAAGUGUACCCCAUGAACCCUAAAGCCCUGACACUAGGGGAGCUGUACGGAGAGUACAAUCUGUCGACGGGAGAGUGGAAGGACGGGGUGCUGUCGGCCAUCAUGAGGACUGUUUGUCAGGACGAAUCCCCCGACCUGAAGUGGAUAAUAUUCGACGGGCCGGUGGACGCGCUAUGGAUCGAGAACCUCAACUCUGUCAUGGAUGACAACAAACUGCUCACACUGGUCAACAGCGAGCGGAUCGCUAUGCCGGCGCAGGUGUCCCUCCUAAUAGAGACUUUAGAGCUGGCGGCCGCAUCUCCAGCGACCGUGUCUCGCAAUGGCAUGGUGUACAGUGACUACCGCGCGCUGGGCUGGGCCCCGAGCGCCGACAGCUGGCUGCAGACCGUGGCGCACACAGAGUACAGGAACAGACUACGCGCACUCUUCACCUCCAUCCUCCCGCCAGUACUCGAACUAAAGCGUCUACACCUGACAGAGGGUGCUUCAGUCCGAGGUCAGCAGCUGACCGGGGUCAUUGGCCUCUGCCGGUUGUUGGAGAAGUGGCCGGCGCCCGCGGAGGGGGAGGAUGAUGAGAACUUGGUCAAGAUGAGGUUUUUGUUUGCGCUGAUCUGGUCAAUCGGCGCAACCCUGGAAGAAGAUUCUCGCAAGAAGCUCGACAACUGGAUCCGUGAACACGAGGGCAUAUUCCCUCUCAAAGGCACGGUGUAUGACUACUACAUAGACGACAGACUGGGCGAGUUUAGACUGUGGGAGGAGAAGCUGCCUGAUGGAUGGAGAUAUAAUCCUGACCAAGGCUUCCACUCAAUCCUCGUCCCGACAGCAGAGUUCCUCCGCGUGCAGUGCGUGAUGUCUGACGUGGUGUUGGGCGGGUGCGGCGUGCUGCUGGGCGGGCGCGCCGGCGCGGGCAAGACCUGCCUCGUGGGGCAGAUGAGAGAGGCUGAGGCUACGCACACGUAA